AUGAGGUUUGAAAUGAUGUUGAUAGAUAGUAAAGGAGCAGCAGCAUGGGGUGUUGCAAACCCGCUGUUUGUGGGUGACCAGCCCUACAAGUAUCAACCUUAUGGUCUUUUACCAAUGUCAACUGUGUCAGCAGUUCACUUGAGCAAUAAUGACAGCAGGCUAUUGAAUAUCAGCUACGAAAUUAGCUACUCGUGUCGUUCGAGUGAUGGUCGUAUUUUGGACAGAGGAUUUCUAAUUUCUUCUGAGGGAGUAUAUGAUGGGCAUUCCGGUAUUCUAUGCAUGGUUGGGUGUAGUCAAUUACAAGUAAGAUACGAGAAUCAUAGUUCGAUAAAAAAUGAUUCACUGGAUUGUGACGUUUUGGUUACUGCUCAAUUUUCUCCGUUAAAUUCUGCAGAAAAGUAUCGUGUAAAGGGGACAAUUAAAAGCACACGUAACAAGUCAGACCCUCUUUAUUUUGGACCCAUUAGUUUGUCUUCAAAAUCAUUCUACGCCGGACAGGCAAAAGAAUCCAUUUGGAGAAUGGAUCUGGAGAUUACCAUGGUUCUGAUUUCCAAUACACUCGCAUGUCUUUUUGUUGGAUUGCAGCUUUUUCAUGUUAAGAAACAUCCCGAAGUGAUUCCCUUUAUCUCUGUCUUGACGCUCAUUGUUCUUACUCUGGGGCAUAUGAUUCCUCUGUUGUUGAACUUUGAGGCCUUGUUCGUACCAAACCAUAAUCAGAAACAAAAUGCUUUUCUUCAAAGUGGUGGAUGGCUUGAAGUAAACGAAAUAAUAGUAAGGGCAGUAACAAUGGUAGCUUUCCUUUUACAGUUUCGCCUUCUCCAACUCACUUGGUCUGAACGGCAAAGUGAUGAAAGCCUAAAGGACUUAUGGGAGGCCGAUAGAAAGAGACUUCUUCCGUUCAAGAAUCAUUUCUACCAGCAAACUUCUUUCUGGAGCGACCUUAAAUCUUAUGGCGGUUUGGUCGUCGAUGGGUUUUUGCUUCCACAGAUAGUGUUCAACAUGUUCUCCAAUUCGAACAGAACUGCUCUUGCUGCUUCAUUUUACCUAGGAACCACCCUGGUCCGGUUGUUGCCUCAUGGAUACGAUCUUUACAGAGCUCAUAGCUUUUCAGGAUAUCUCGAUUUAUCGUAUAUGUAUGCCAACCAUAAGAUGGAUCUCUAUUCCACGGCCUGGGAUAUCAUCAUACCUUCUAGUGGUCUGCUCUUUUCCAUCUUCAUUUGCUUGCAGCAGCGAUUUGGGGGUCAGUGUUUACUACCUAAACGGUUUAGAACGAUGCGAAUUCAAAUAUAUAGUAAAAUCGUUUCAGUCACCAUGUUCGAUAGCUAUGGGCUCUAUAUUCUUUUGCUUCCCAGUUCUGCUUCAAUAUCCAUGGAACUGGAAGAACAUAAACCAGGCGAAAGGGAAGGGAAUUGUGAGCUUUCAGCAAACCCAGGAGACAAUCUCGAUCAAUCCACGACAGUAUUAUCCUGA